AUGUCUGGUCCUCCCAGUCACGUCAAUGAGCAUGACCGCAUCGACGUGACUGCUGCCAACUCCGCCGCCGCUGACCCCGCUGCCGAGUCAUCCGCACCUUCCCAAGACCCGUCUCCGGACCUUCUUGAUGGUGGGAUGAACUGCUCAGCCGACGUCACGCGCACGGCACAACCACCCAACGCACCCCCCGCAGCAACCCCCCCCGCGCCGGCUGUACGCACCACGGCCACCCGAGGUGACCCAUGGGCAGUCUUCGCUGCACAACGUGCCGCAGCAGCCCAAGCCCCCCGUGCCAACGACAUCGACGCGCAUUUGCCGUCGAUGGAGGACCUUGAGCCGCUGCUUGUCAAGCACGCUGCUCGAACCUUGAUCUUUGAGUAUACGCUGCCUGUCGAACAAAGUGACAUGCGUGAGAUAAUUGGUUGGCUUCACAUGAACACGGGUCAACAUACCAAGAGCAUCAGCGAGGACGCUGCGAUGGCGUCCCUGCUCCAUGACAACCAUUUGACGGUGAAAAGGUGUGAAAGGACCUCCAAAAUCGCAUCGUACGCUGGGGGAUCGCGAGCGUGA